AUGGCAUCAGAAGCAGGGAAAACGUUCCAGCGGUUUGCUGUCUUUGGAGACUCAUCAAGCAGUGGUACUGAGAUGAACAACAAGAAUUUCUCCAAGCUAUGCAAAGACUGUGGCAUCAUGGAUGGCAAAAUGGUCACCUCUACCGACGUGGACAUUGUGUUUAGCAAAGUCAAGGCCAAGAAUGCCAGAACCAUCACAUUUGCACAGUUCCAGGAGGCAAUGAAGGAGCUGGGCCAGAAACGAUUCAAGGGGAAGAACCCAGAUGAAGCCCUGGAGAACAUUUAUAAACUCAUGGAGGGCAAAGAUCCAGCCACCACUGGUGUUACUAAAGCAACAGCAGUGGGUGGAGUGGACCGACUGACAGACACCAGCAAGUACACUGGCUCCCACAAGGAACGUUUUGAUGAAAGCGGCAAAGGAAGGGGCCUUGCAGGACGAGAGGAGUUGACUGACAACUCAGGCUAUGUGAGUGGCUACAAGGGUGCUGGAACCUAUGAUAAGAAGUAG